AUGGGGCAGCUAAGGUCCACUAUAAAAGCCAGCCCAGCCCCGUGCUCCCUCAUCCACUUCUCUAGCCUUCUCCUCCUUAGGAACCAGGUGAACCUCCUGCCCCAAGACAUGUCCUGCUACAACCAGUGCCAGCCCUGCCUGCCAUGCCAGCCCUGCGGCCCGACCCCGCUGGCCAGCAGCUGCAAUGAGCCCUGUGUCAGGCAGUGCCAGAACUCCACCGUCGUCAUUGAGCCCUCUCCCGUGGUGGUGACCCUGCCCGGCCCCAUCCUCAGCUCCUUCCCUCAGAACACCGUUGUGGGAUCCUCCACCUCUGCUGCCGUUGGCAGCAUCCUCAGCUGUGACGGAGUCCCCAUCAACUCCGGGUGCUGUGACCUCUCUUGUAUUGCCAGCCGCUACUGUUGCCGCCCCUGCUAA